AUGCUAAUCCCAUGGAAGAUCGUGUCCUUGAUUCUAUCGGUAAUAGUCUCUCUGGCUUCGAUAAUCGCCACGAUAUGCCUGUCUAAUCGGACUUUCAUCGAUGACGGCUUGGUGCGAUGGGUUGAGGAUAACCGGGUAUACAUCCAGAUCGGAGUUCAAAUCACCGCAACUACGGCCGCCAUCAGCCAGACUCAUAUCGCCAAGAGCCUCGUCCGGUUCAUUACCCUCGAUCAGCUCCUGCCUCCCUCGAAGCCAAUAACACUCGACAACCUGAGGGUUCGAAGGGCGAUAGUUGAGGGAAUCCCCGUCUUCGAAUGGCGAAAUUGGUUCACCCUCAUCUGGCUCUUGUUGCUCCAGAUUCCGGCGGCACUCUGGGCUGGUUCUCUCACACCGAAGAUCACAACCUCGGAUUACUCAACGCAAGUCCAAAUUCCUAGCUUCGGCCCAUCAAGCUCGGAGUUAUGGGGUAGCCUAUGUGCCCCUGCGGUUCCCUGUGAUCAGCUCCUGGGGGAAACCGUAGAUUUAGGAACUUUUAGCUACCUUGCGUGGAAGACCAGGACCGGUUUGCUACUAAACGCCGCGGGCCAGGCAUCCUCCCGAAACGAGUCCAUUCCUCGCUACCCGAAGCUAGAUAACACGGGUUUUGCCUACCAAGGACGAUUGUACGGUGUCGGCUCGUCUGUCGGCCUUGUCGGACUAGAUGGCCCGGAGGACAUCGCCGAAGCUCGUAUCCUACAUUAUACAUUUCUCGAAGAUGGGUAUCGCUCUAAAGUGUCAUGCCAAUACAACGCGUCAAGCAGACUUAACUUCAAGAAGCUCGACGUACUUCCCACACCGGGCGGAAUCUACGCCCCGACGGGGUUCUGGGCAAGCGGGUCUCUUCCAAACGGCAAAUGGGCCGGGUUCCCUACCUGGGGCGUCCUGGUAAGCGACUUCGUCACCGCUUUGGCUGCCGUGAACGGCCAGUCCCGGUACAUGUAUGGCUUCGUCGCCGGGGAGAGCUACGACAGGUUAAAUCAGGUGCAAUGCGAGGCCACUUUCACGCCAACUAGGUUCAAGGUAACGGUCGACGUAGCGAAGAAGACUAUUACGGUCUCACACACUGAAGAAGUCCCACAUGACAUCGACCCCACGGGAUCGCUGAUAAACAUUGCGUUCCUCAGUGUUAGCUACUUGUCACAGACCCUCACAACACUGUAUACGUCGAUUCUGGGUGACUCAUUCCUCCGCAACAUCGACAACGUCAGCGCCCGAAACGGCCGCCUAGGCAGCAAUCCCGUCGACGCGCUUCGCGGGGUCGAGGAGGGGCUGGAGUUGCUGCUAGACCACUUCUUGGAGAGUCAUGGAGCAGCGCAGGUAAUGCUACAGAAUGAGACAACGCGGGCCGACGGAACCGUGACCGUUGUCGCGGUCAAGGUGGGGAACUUAGUCGUAGUCUCCGUGCUCGCGGGAGUGACUGGCUUGGUUGUGCUUGCGGCCUUCGAGGAGUGUGUUCGAUUAAAGUUGUGGAAGCAGAUCGUCCGGCCGCCACCGGUAGACUUGGACUUCUUGGAGUAUAAGUCGGCGAUUGUAGGUGCUGCAAAGGGUAGUGGUUCCGGAUUCCGGGAGGUGCAGGACUGGGACGGCAAGUCGGACGACCAAGUAGUCGGAGGACUUUAUAACUCGCGGUUCGGCCAACAGGUUGGUUCGCAUGGUGUCGCGGCUCCCUCUCAGAAUAGAUCGUCUCUUUCUCCACCCAACUCCCUUACAAGACCGGUGAAGGACAUGUCUGCGGGGGAUGAAACCGUGAAGCAAGGCCUACAACACCAUAUUCCGGGGCCUGCGAGGAAGACCCCUGCAGUCGAACCCAACCUUCUGCCCCAAUCGAACGGGAACUAA